UUGGAACUGGUUCAUUGAGCUUAGCGCCUUGGAUUAUCCCCUCAUUACUCAAGACGACUUGUCUCAUGUGUUUGCCUCGGUGAACAGAAGCAUCAACUUCAUUGAUCAUACUAGUGAUCUUUCUUGGAAAGAGUUCUGGGUGGUUGGAGAAGACCCUGUGUGCAAACAAAGUCAUCUCACCUAGUUGAAGAUGAUUUUUAAGUUACAUGCAGUGUAUGGAGAAUGGUUGUUGAGAGAUUUCCGUUGGGAUUUUGUGGUUGAUGAUCUCAAAGGAGCAAGAUUGUUUUUAUUGAAUGAAGAUUCAACACAUGCUGAACUUGUUGCAAUGGCUCAAGAAGAUUAUAACCUGGACAUGAGAUCAGUGACUGUGGAGAUUAGCUACUCAUUACCAGCAGAAAUGAUGAUGACUCCAAGCAGUCCUCCCAUUCAUGUUACAAGUGAUAGACAAGUUCGAAACUUGCUCGAGAUACUCAAAACGCAUAGAGUAUGUCUUUGUGUAUCAAGCCGCAGCAAGGUGGAAACGGUUUCAGAGAAAAGAGAAGAAGCUGGUGAUAAUGAUGAAGCUGGUGAAUGGGAAGAAGAUGUUGGUGAUAAUGAUGAAGCUGGUGAAUGGGAAGAAGAUGUUGGUGAUAAUGAUGAGGCUGAUGAAUGUUUUGAAGAUGUUGGUGAUAAUGAGUCUGUUGAAGAUGAAAAUCAAGAUGGGGAGGAGGAAAAUGGGGAGGAGGAAAAUGGGGAGGAGGAUGCUGAUAACACUAUUGUUGGUGAAACGGAUCAGAAUGGUGGGGAUUACAGUCUUUAUGGAAAGGUUCUAGAUGAGGACGAGGAAGAUGAUGAUAAUAUUUGUUUUGAAGAAAUUGAAAAGACAUAUGCUAAGACAAAUGCUAUUGAAGGAGGAAAAUCGGAUUGUACCAGCAUCUAUGUCAACCAGAGUUUUGUUAGCAAGGAUGCACUGCUUUCAGAGCUGCGGUUGACAGCAGUGAGGGGUAGGUUUUCUUUCAGAAUAUACAAAUCAACAAAAACUCUCCUUGUGGCAAUAUGUCGGGUUAGCGGUUGUGGAUGGAAGAUCAGAGCGAGUGUGAAACAUGGGUCAAACACGUUUUGGGUAACAAAGUAUGUGGAAAAACAUUUAUGCUCAAUUGGAGACCGAAUCGCUCAGCGGAGACACUGUACUCCAAAGUAUGUUGGUAGUCUUUUCAUUGAUCGUGUUGGGAUCAUUGAUGGGAUAACUCCACAGCAUAUCACUGAUGCAAUGAAGAACAUGUUUGGCAUGACGCUUGAUUACACCACUUCAUACAGAGCACUGUUAUAUGCACAGAAAUUGGUGAGAGGAUCAGCAGAAGAAGGGUAUUCGCGUCUGCCUUCAUAUCUCGAGCAAAUCUCCAUUGCAAAUCCUGAUUCUAUCACGGCUAUAGAACUUGAUUCUGAGAAAAGAUUUAAGUAUCUAUUUCUCUCUUUUGGAGCUUCUAUCAAAGGUUUUAAGUAUCAGAGAAGGGUCAUUGUGGUGGAUGGAACUCACCUAAGUGGAAAGUAUGGAGGUGUUAUGUUAGUUGCAGCCGCACAAGAUGGCAAUUUUCAGAUAUUCCCAUUGGCUUUUGGGAUCGUGGAUGCUGAAGAUGAACCUUCUUGGGAAUGGUUUUUCACAAAAUUGGCUAGUUGUAUAUCUCAUGACAAGCCUCUGGUGAUAGUCUCUGACCGGCACGCGGCCAUUAAAAGUGCGUGUGAGAAGGUGUUUCCUUGGGCAACCCGAGGAAUAUGUUAUUAUCACCUUCAAGAUAACAUUGUCAAAAAGUUUAAAGGGAAACAUCUCAUGUACUUGGUGAAAGGGGCUGCUUAUGCGCACACGGUUCACGAUUUUAACCGGUACAUGGCUGAGAUACGGAGUGCAAACCCGGAACUUGCAACGUAUUUGGAGAAGGCCGACGCCAAGCUAUGGUCAAGGGUUUAUUGUAAGGGGAACAGGUUCAACAUAAAAACAAGCAACAUCGCUGAAUCUAUUAAUUCCGCACUGAAGCGAGCAAGAGGAUUUCCGAUUCCGUUCCUGCUGGAGUUCAUAAGGCAGAAGUUAGGAAAAUGGUAUUGGAAAAGGAGACAAGAUGCUUUGAGUCUCCCAACUGUACAUAGCCGGGGUGUUGAAUACUUGCUUGCUGUUCGAUCAGAGAUAGCGGAUACGAUGACGGUCGAACCAAUUGAUGGAUGGCGUUUCUUUGUCAAAGGUGGCAAAAUGGACUGUGCGGUUGAUUUGGAACAUGUAAAGUGUGGUUGUGGUGUCUAUGGAGUGGAGAAAAUACCUUGCUCUCAUGCUAUAGCAGCUGGAACACAUGCUGGUGUGCAUAUCGACACACUUGUAUGUCCACUUUACUCAAAGAAUCAUCUGUAUGCAGGAUACUCAGAGAAUAUAUAUCCUAUCGUGUCACAACAUAUUGAGGAACGAGAAUGCUUUCCUCCAAACGUAAAGCGUGGUCCGGGGAGACAGAAGAAAUCAAGAUGGCAAUCUUGGUUGGAGCUAUCUAGGAUGAGGGGACACAAACCCAGGAAGAAACACAGGGCACGGAGAUGCUCAAACUGCAAGGAAACUGGCCAUACGAAACCACAAUGUACACAACCAGUUGACUAGUUGUCCAGACGACCUAAAUAUAAGUCGUCCAGUCUUGAUUACCCGUCCAGACGACUAAUUUCUAAGUCGUCCAGUGUUUCGUCUACCUUCUACGAAGUCGUCCAGUGUAUUAGACUACCUUCUACUAUCCCUUCAAGUGUAUUUUUUUAGACGACCUUUUACGAAGUCGUCCAGUGUAUUUAAGUCGUCCAGUGUAUUUUAUUUUUAGACUACCUUAUUUUUUUUAGACGACCUUAUUUGUAAGUCGUCCAGUGUAUUUUAUUUUUAGACUACCUUAUUUUUUUUAGACGACCUUAUUUGUAAGUCGUCCAGCUGGAAAACCUUCCAGACGACUUAUUUGUAAGUCGUCCAGCUGGAAAACCUUCCAGACGACUUAUUUGUAAGUCGUCCAGCUGGAAAACCUUCCAGACGACUUAUUUGUAAGUUAGAAAAUCUAUACAAGUUAGAAAAUCAAAUAAAUCAUACAUGCCCACAAACAUACAAAUAGAUUUGUGUAAACAAAUAGUUCAAAUAUACAAAUAGAUUUGUGUAUACAAAUAGUUCAAAUAUACAAAUUGAUUUGUGUAUCUAUACAAGUUAAAAAUCUAUACAAGUUAAAAAAUCUAUACAAGUUAAAAAAUCUAUACAAAUUGAUUUGUGUAUCUAAUCAUACAUGCCUACAAACAUACCACCAUCCUCAUUAUCUUUCAGAUGCUGAUCAACAAGCUCCGUCCAUAUAGCCAAAGCCAUAGUAUCCCUCAUAGUCUUCGCAUUGGACCUAGCAAAGUCUUUAGGGCUAAAGGGACCCCAAGAGCAUGACAUUCAAUGUACUUUGCAGCGUACACGCCACAAUCACCAUUGUUGCCGUGGGUACAUCUUUGAGGAGUCUCUCAUAAGUGUAUCGCUCCAACCCAUGCAUCUGGUCUCCGCACUCCACAAUCAGAUAAGGGACCAUCUCGAGAAAAGGCUCCAUUAUCUCAUCCCAUCUUUCUGGUAUGGUAGUUGAAGGUAUGCUGUCCCAGACGACUAUGUGCCUCUUAGGGAUCGAUAUCCAAAUAGCCACCCAAUGUUUGUUGUCCAAGUUCAGUGGCGCAUAGAUAUCAUCAAUGUCCUCCCCCACUUCUUGUUUUGAUUGGCAAAAUGAAGGCAUUGAUCCGUCAUACAAACUCGCCGCCCCACUAGGUAGCAUUUUUCCUAAACCAUUGUGAUCAGACGACGAUGUUUUGAAGACCAGAUACUGUUCUCUCCAAGACUGGGUAAAGUUGUGAUCCAGGAAGCACAUUCGCUCGCUCCGGAAACAUUGUGGGUUCUCCUUAUACCUCUGCCUCAGCACAUUCAUCCAAGCAU